UCUCAUGCAUUUUUGUAGUAGCAAGCGAAAACAUCACGAUUUCAAACUCACACUUGUGCCUCACACAGUUUAGUUUUGUUUAUAUUUUAAAUUCAUAGACGUGUUAUUCAUAUUAUCAUAGUGUUUGGAAGUGAGAGUUAUUUAUAAGGCAUAGGUUUGAAAAUUUGUGCUAAGUAACGGAAUAAAUUUGAAAUUAUUCGUAAUAAAAAAUAUGAAAUCGCCAACGGGCUAGAAAUCGACGAUUCAUUGAAAGAUUUUUAUCGUGAACAUAGUUCGAAAUCAUCAUUCAAGUGACAAAUGUGCUAACAGCAGAAAAAAGAGGAUUCCGUUGGGAAAAUAACUUGUUGCAAGGUGCAUGUGUAAGGCGCUUAAGUGAGAAAAACGAAGAAGUAGUGAAAAAAAAGUGUGUGAUCAAUGAUUUCCGCUUUUGAGUGUGGGAAUUUUAUCGAUAGAAAAGGAAGAAAUAGAAAAACAAACUACGCACGCUGUUUAUGAAGAUAGGAACUGUAAUAGUGCAAGUAGUUUCCCUCUUAAAUGGAUAUUUCCGUUGAUGCAAUUCCUGGAUCGAAUUACGCACGAUAUUCUAUCGAAGCUGGGAACCAAAUUGUUUCGUGCAUCUGUUGAUUUAUGAUUAAAAUCAACUACUUCCGAUGAACAAUACCACUGCCAGAACGGAGUGAAACUUCCCGUCGAUUUACGUGCAUUGACGCCAAUUUUGGUUUAAAAAAAAAAGUAAAUUCGUGCGGUCAAUUAGGUUCGAGCAUUGAAUUGUGUAGAUUGUUGGCCAAAAAGGAUUUACGGCCAUUGAAUAUUUGUUGAUUUGUGGCAUUUCUUAUUAUAGUAUAUUGUAGAGCAAUGAAUCGUGACUCAACACGAAAGUUAAGUGACAGUGACUUCUGGCAAAUAUGCCACGAAAUGCAUCCGAGUACAAAUUAUACAUUUCCUGUGGCUCCGAUGCUGGGUGUGGCAAACAAUGAUAAUUUCAUGUCGAAUGAUCUCGAAAAUUUAAAUCGAAGACUCGAUUUUGAGUCGCACGAAACAAGCGAAGACGUAUCAAGCGAUGAUUCGCUGCAAAAUCUUUAUGUAAAAAAGCAGCGAGCUCAUCGAAAUUUAUUGAAUGCUCAUUCGAAUUGUGUGAAUACACAAAAAAUUCUCGAUACAAUCGAUUUAUUUUCGGAUGAAGACAACGAUAAUGAGUGUCUAGAAAAUGGUAAAUGUAAUGAAAACAACGAUAGACAUGAAUUUAAACUCGAUCGAUUCGAAAGCAGUGACAUUGAUGCAAUUCAAAAUGCCGAUGAUUUACUACUAAAGAUUGCUGACAGUGUACAACAUUUGAAAACGAAUGUCAAUCAAUUGAAUGAUAAAUGUCAAACAAGCUCGAUGGAUGCGUAUGCAGCAUCAACAACAGCAAUUGGCGAUUUGAUUGACUUUAGUGACGAUUGGACUAACGGUGAAAGCAAAGAUGAAAAUUGUUGUACAAGUGACAAACCCAUAAAGAAAGUUACGCAUUCAUGCGAUCAAGGAUCGCUAAAUGAUAGUGUGGGCAAUGAAGGGCUUCCAUAUGUCAAAAUCGAGCAGCGAAAAAAUUUAUUAAACAAUAACACAGGAAGAGCUGCUCUUUCAAACGAAAUAGAAUACGAUGGAAAAAUGGAAGCGAAUAACCAUAGAAAUGGCAUACAGGUGAAUUAUUGCAAUGAAUGGCAUACUGAAAACGGUAAUGAUUAUCCGUCACCAACAACAAGCGAAAGCAGCAAUAACAGCAGUAGCAGCAGUUGCAGUUAUACGGAUAGUUUGAGCAAUAGCAGUGGAAGCACUACCAGUGACAACAAAAAUAUUGAGACCAAGAUAGAGGCCAACGAUGGCCAUACGUGCACGAACAGCAACAGUCACAAACUGAAUACCGAACACAAUAGACGGUCGUACGAAUUCGAGCAGUGCGCACAUCAAACGCAACCAAACAGCAAAAUAACAACAACAACAUUUAACGUCAAUGACAAAUGCCAAAUACAUCCCGUUGGAUGUCAGUUGAAUUGUACUGCUAUCACUGCUGGUACGAUUUCUUGUGCAAAAAUCAACAUUGAAGCCAACAACAAGAUAGAAGACAGUUCAAACGGCGCAUGUGCUGUACAUACAUUCGUCACCUUCACCCACACGAUACGAGACAAUAACGAAGUGGAUUCAUCGAUCGAGCCGAAAUCGCAACAAUUUGGGGUUGAAAAGGCUUCACAGGACGUGCUUACAACGUUGUCAUCGGCUCAACAACAACAUACAUCAAAUACCAAUGACAGUAAGACGAUUCGCAUUGGAUGUGCAAAUGUAGUGGAGCAGCCAAAACCGUCUGCCAUCUCAUCGUUAUUCAUCGAAUCAUUACCAGUGGAUACCAGCACAUCGGCAGACAGUGUUAGUUUACAAGCUGAAUGGGAUGCUGAUAAAAACAACAAUCCUUUGCAAUACAAGGACAAACGAACAAAAGCUCUUCCACAUUCGAUAAAUUCAAAAGUUAUACACGAAUCGCCAAUAAAUUCCAGACAUUUUCCAAUUGCACAUAAUUCAAAUAUCGUAAAUAAAAUUGUAUGUGAAAAAUUUGUGCCAAUUUUAUGUGAACACAUCGAACAAAAACCAAAUAAAAUCGAGAAAAAUUUAAGCUCAGCCAGUGCUGCGUCGACACCAUUUGAUGAUGCAGACAACCAAGAUAAAAUUCAACCAAUCGCUGCCAGUGUAAAUACAAAAAUAUGUUUGCGAACAAAAUCGACUAAAUGUAAAUUAAAAUAUCGAAGAAACGUGUAUGAGUGUCGAUGUAAAUCAAAUUCGAACAUUUCUUUAGAAAAAACUAAUAAAUUCAAUCAAAAGUGUAACAAACGACGAGGUGGCAACGAACACAAGUGUCGAAAACAGUCGAAAAAUUGUUCAACAAAACGUCGCAAGAAAAACGACAAACGAAAAAAUCGAAUUGGCAAACAGGUACGAUGUAAUUGCAAGUGGAAAUGCUGUCGUGGCCAUUUAUGUGAUUAUGAUUUAUGUGAAACGUAUCUAGGGACGUCGAAGUGUGGUCAAACCAAAUCUAAUAACAAACCAUUCGCCAAUGUACUGUCGAUUGCAAAAAAAGGUGAAUCAAGUUGUGGCAAUGUUGCAACAAAUAAUAAUAGUGAAAAUUUUGUAAGAAAAUCUGAAAAAAUCGAAACAACUGUGUCUGGUGGUCGAUCCGCAGAUGGUAAAAUCAGUCUGUCUCAAUCGAAACGCCGUAGUGGUAGUUGCAAUGAGAGUACGUGCGAUACAGUGACUGUAGCAUUACCAUAUUCAUCGACAUCGUCAACGACGACAAGUACCGUGUACGAUGCAACAGCAAUAGAAACCGUUUCAUCGACGUUAGCUUGUGAUACGGACCAAAGUUUAAAAGCUAUAAAUAAAACGUUGUGCAUUGACAGUGCGAACAACAUCAAUGACGACAGCGACGACGACGACGACAAAGACUGUAAUCGCUUAAUUACAACAACUGUAAGUGAGCUCAGUGCAAGUGAUGUGCUAGUUGAUGAUGCAGAUGAAUUCACGAAAACUCUUGAAAUAUCGCCGCCCAUUGAAAAGAUAAAGCAAGUGCUCAAUGCAGUAAAACAGUGUAGCGAUACAGAUCUUAGUGUUGUUAAUUGUAAUGGUAAUAAUUACUGUGCUGAAAAUGCGUCAAAGCCAACAAAGUGUAACCACAUUUGUAGCGCAGAAAAUCUAACACUCAAUGUAAAUUCGUUGAAAAAUUCACUAAAAUUAAGCGAAAGCUGCGAUUCUGUAUUCUCCGAUUCGAUAUUUACAUUGAAGCGUUCUGCAUCGACGUCAUCAUCGUUGUCGCUCUUAUCGUUAAACAGUGGUGAACCGUUUGAAGCGAGCAAUCGCUUGCGACGUCUAGAAGAACGUUUCAAAGACUUUUCCAUCACCUCGUCAAAUAAAAAAGGUAGGUGUGUGAACAACAAUAAUUUAUCGCCGUCGUCUACAAUCGCAUCGCAGCAACAGCAACAACGUUCGAAUCAAAUUCAGCCAAAUUACGAUAGCAAAGGUCAUUCAGACGCUAGCACAGAACAACAACAACAGCAAAUUGUCGAUGCGUUAACAUCCAUUGUAUCGAGUCCAAGUAAGUCAGUCAUUGAUAAAACAUUCGGUGAACCAAAGAGUUCACAUCUGAAUGAUGGUGUCGUUAGCAAUGAAAAUGAGAGUAAUCUAAAAUACAGUGACGGCAAUAAUAAUCACAUUAAAUUAAAAAGUAAUCCCAACGAAAAACUCAUCGAAACGGAAACUAAACAUAUUUGUUGUGCGCACACCAUUCGAAAACGUAAACAAAUUGACAAACACACUGAAAGUAAUAAGAAACAGCACAUACAUAUUAAUUGUGAACCCAAUCGAGUAGAAUCACCAAUUGAUGUUGAAAAAUUAUUAAAUAACGGCAUCUUCAUUCAGUCAACGGCUCAACAAUCUUCCACUUCAGGCAAAGGAUUAUCUGAAUCAAUCGAUGCUCAACAGCAAGAAGAUAAUCAAGUAGUCAUCACUGACGACGACGACGACGAGGACGAAAGCUCAAGCACUACUGCGCAAUCAUUCACAGCCUUUGAAUCGCAACCGAGCUCAUUAAAAAAGGAUUCCACGAAGCAUCGUAAUCAGCAAAUACACGUAGCAAAUGAAAUUGAAGUCGACGACGAUAAGCUCAAUUCGAAUAAUAAAUCAUCAACGAACACAUUGACUAAUAGCGACGACCAAUUGCAAAAAAUCAAUACACACAAAAGGAGCGAUUGCACUGGCCAGCAAAGCGAAACCAUCAUUAAUUUUGACGAUAAUAGAAACAACCUUGAACAAAUAUUCGACGAUAAAAACCUAUCGAACGGAAUUAAUCAAAACGAAAUACAAAUAGUUGACGCCAAUGAGCAAGAAAUAAGCGAAGAAAAGCAGGAGGACGCAGACGAGGAGGAGGAGGAAGAAAAAAGCAGUACAUCGAAUUCAAAUGAAGUUACUGAAAGAAAUCGUACGGAAACCGAAGUUGAACAACUUGAAAAUAUAGCGAAUCGUUUAAUAAAUUGUACGCCUGUGUCAAUAAGUACGGAAUCGGAGGAGAUUUGCAAUUUAUUUUCCGAAAAUCAGCGACCGGCCAUUGAUUCGCCAUUUAUAUAUCACGACGAAGAGCUUAAAACCAAUUGUAUAUUUGAUGUUCGCCAGUUAAGCGGAUUUCAUUUGCCACCUUUCGAUCAUAUUUAUGAGUGUUAUGAUGAAUUGGAAGAUGAUGUUGAUGACAGUGAAAUUCCAAUAUACGGUCUCAAUGUAAAUCAAUCAAAAGAUAUUUUAAAUAAUAACGACAACAACGAUGAUGAAUUAACUAAUUGUGAUCCAGAGCAAUUAAAUUUUCCGUCAAAUUACUGUCAGUGCACCAUUGAAUCAAUUGUACCAUUGUAUCCAGAAGAAGCCUAUCGACCAACGUCAAAAACAAAUAAAACAGCUGCAAUCAUGAGGGACAAGACAACUAGCGGCACUUUACGUGGUCUAUUGAAAAAACCAAAUCGACCGCCACCAUCACAGAAGAACCGUGUCAUUUUUGAUGAAACACGUAACGAAUUCUUUGAUGCCGACUACAUUAUUCUAGUACGAGAUGAUUGUCCAUACGAUGAAGAAGAUGAAGAGCCGUGCACGUGUGGUGAACACGAAUUGGUUCGAUUGUGUUGUGAUGAAGGUUGUCAAUGUAGUGCAUACACCGAGGAUGGACGUACACCACAGAGUCCGAAAUAUGCGCCACCGAUAGAGUUUGUGGAUCAGGCGGCGUUGAGCCCGCCCGAAGGUUAUAAGGAUGGCGGACUGCAACAAGCAUUGGGGGGUGUUUUAGGUGGUCACAUUUUUGGCGCUCAGCAUAUUCAGCAAUUGCAGGUGAUUCAACGAUUACAAGCAAAACGAGCGGCCAUGUUGGCUGCCCAACGCGCAAACAACAACGGCACUAACCAAAGUGGUAGCUCAAAAAAUCAAGUCGCGCCACCACCACCGCCUCCAUCACAGACCAUUUGUACCGAAUGUGCUGAAUGUACGGAGUGCGCUGCCAAACAGGAACACGAUGAAGCUUUACCACACAUGGCACUUUUAUCGAUUCAAGCAACGUCACCGGAGCGACGUUUCACACAAAAAGAAAUUAUCGCUGGAGAAGAACGACCAAAAUAUUUGCUCAUCAAACAGCAUCAGGACUCUGUAUCAUCCGGAUCAAAUGCAACACCAGCAGCAGCGACAACGACAGCGACGCCGGCUACAGCAGCACCACCAACAACAAUCGCAGCCACAGAUAAAUCCACUGACGAUGGACAGAAGUCAACGGCUGGAAACGAAUCACGUAGUACAUAUCUCAAUUCAGAUAUUAGUUUGAAGCCGACUAGCAUCUCGGCACAAAUUACCGGCAUUCUCAAAGGUGGCAAAUUAUGGAAAAACGAUACAGUUCAAAGUGACGAAACAACAUCGAGCGCCACAUCUGAUGAUGAAACAUCAAAACGUUCGGUGCGUUUUAUCGAUGGUGGUAAUACAAAGUCGGAAAAUUCAAGUGAACCCGAUCAAGAUGCAUGCGAUGGCGAAUCAGGUCUAGGUAGUGGUAGUGUAACCACCACCGAAACAGACGUUGAAUCAGAUUCAAUGAUGAAACAAUCAACAUUGUUCCAUAAUUCAUUAAGACCAAAUUCAGCGUUAAGACAACUUUUCCCUGCUGCUGUGUUAAAUACAAAUACACAACCAACGCAAGCACUAACGCACGAAGCUUUACGAGCAUUUGAUGAGUCAAAACGUAGCCAAUUGAAAUCGAGCAUUGUGCACAGUGACUCUGAAACCGAUACCAUUCGACGUACAAUCGAACGAAAUGCACUUCGCAGAUCACUCAUCAAAUAUGAACCAAAGAAAAAGGCAACUAAGCCAAAUACAUCGCUAGAAGAGCGUAUUCGUCAAUUAACUUGCGAUGUUGACGAACCACCAAAUGAGAAUGCAACGAUUAAAAAUGAUGGCAGAAAACAGCUUGAACGACGAAGUAGUCCAACGGGUGAAGAAAAUCCACAAUCCCAAGUCACAAAAUAUGUGCAUACGGACAAAAGUAUCUCACCAAUUUCAACGGCAUCUAGUUCAUCAAAUAGCUCAAUUUCGGCUUAUAAAAGAAUCACUGAUAUCUUCCACAAAGAGAAACGUCAAGAGCGCAUUCCAGAGGCUGAUGAAAAUCCAAUUGUUAUCCUACCUCAGCAAUUGCAACAAGAUUGUCGUUGUCCAUCGGCUCCUGACCUUGGAAUGGGUUCCCAUUUACCAAAUGCAAACAAUCAACUGCAAGCAGUGCGACCAAGCGAUUCACGUCGCCAAUUUUUAAGUACAUUGGCACCGUUAACUGCAUGUGUGGCUGGCCAAAGAGACGAUAUGUCAUUUUAUUCAUUAGCUGCGGGUGACCGCAAUUCAACUGGUAGUUCACGUUGUUCGGAAUAUAGCAUUGGUGACAUUGAUGCAAUAUUACAAAAUGAUGAUGCGAAAAAAGUGGCACCUGAUGUAAUCGCCGGCACACCAGGUCAAGAGCAACACGAUGAAUUAGCCGCAUUUGCUCAGCAAGAUGCCACACGUACCGAACGCAUUAAAAAGCGAUACAAUCAAGAAACAUCGACAACCACAUCGGUGCCCACGUCAAAUGCUGGCUCCGAUGAUGAUGAUGAACAAAAUGACUAUGGUUUCAAUCAUCGGCCAUCGGUUCGCGGUAUAAAGCCACGAUCCAAUGAAGAGAUGCUGCAAGAGAUGCAAACACAAUUAUCUAAUACUUCCGUUUCAAAACCGCCACCGUUACUACCCCGUAAAAGUGGUCAAUCAAAUACGUUGCCAAAGGCGAACACUCAAUCACUUCAAUCGAAAUUGUUGCAGCAACAACAGCAACAUCAACAACAACAACAGCAACAGCAACAGCAGCAACAACAACAGCAAAUACAAAUGCAACAACAACCACAAACGCAACAACAAAUUGCUAGCAUUGUGCAUCAACAGAAUAUUUCAACUUGGAAUGCAUACUAUCAAGAGCAGGCGCAACGAAACAGUUUGCCAGCCAAUACACCGGCCACAUACUUUCAACAUUUGCCAAUUCAUGCAGCCCGUCAUAGUUUUCAUCAAGAAGAGUCAACCAUUUAUCAAAAUUGUCAGGGUGUCGCAAUGGAACAGCAUUAUGGUCAAACAAUUGCAGCACGUAGCCCAACACGACGACCCGAAUCGCCUCCACCACUGCGAAAUUAUCAUCAAACAAUGGUAUUAAUUCCAUAUAAUACAGACACAUACGCACAUUUUGCAGCUGAUCAAAUUGCCGCACAACAAUUUCAACACCAAAAUAUUUUAGAAUAUCAACAGGUUACACAACAAACGAUUCGUGUGCCAAUCGGGUAUCCGUUACCAGGAAUGCAAUUGCAUGUGGUAACCGGAAAUGCAAAUCAACCAGCCUAUGCACAGUACGCAACGGCCACACGGCAACAAACACAAAUGAAUGCAGCUAAUCGUCCAGCUUACGGUUAUAUUCAAGAUCAAUCAGUGCCAGCUGCUGUUAAAUAUACCGAACGGGGAGCACCAGAAGGUGCUGCGGCAAGCGUAUCACAAUCCGAUUGUACAUUGAUACCAAACAGUGUGGGCACGGUGACAUCAACGGCAAACAAUACACAAACCUCAAAUACAUCGACCACAGCACAACAAGGGGCUGUUUUUUAUGCCAUGAAUGUUUGAUCGAAGAUUUAGAAAAAGUCGAUCAUUUUUAAGCGACAUACAAACCAAUCGCAUCAUACUUAAUUUUUUUUAUAUAUAUAUAACAAAUAGAUUUCAAACAGCUAGUGCCAAAACAGAACCAUGUAAAAAACUCAUUGAUUUUUUUACAUAAAAUUGAUGAGUUCGAAAUGAUACGUAGUCAAAGCUAUGAGUGAGAUUUUUUUCGCGCGUGCACGAAUCUUUUUAAAGGUGUAUUUUUUGAAGAAAAAAAAGAUCGAUUCAUUGAAGCAGUUGUAUUAUAGAUUUGUGUUCAUGAGCUUAACUCAAAUUCAAAUUGUUUGCAAAAAAAAAUUCGAGAGGGAAAAUAUCAAAUAUGGAAAAUGAAUUUGUGUUCGAUUUAAAUAGUUUGACAUAUUUGGCAUGUACUCAAUACGUACAAUAGAAAUACUAGAGUGUACAACUCGAGAGAAUGAUCUGCAUCACAUUUUAUUAUUGUAAAUGUGUAAACGUGUUUAUUCUUUCUUAGUGAAAGAAAGAAAGAAGAUCAAUAGAAGUCUGUUUUCUAUAUUGAUAAUAAUAAUAAUAAAUAGAAGAAAAUAUUAUAAAACAGAUGUGAAAUUUAACUAUAAAAUAGUAUGAAACACAAACAGACAAAUUCUGGUCAUGGGGCAUUAUUUGAGAUAAACAAUAAAAUGGUGAAGCAAAAGUGCCAAUUUUAAUCUCUCAACCGCGACAAAAAUACGUCUUUUGAAAGAAUAGAAAUACCGCCGUCUUCAACUGGCGGUACUCAGUUUCGUUUUAAAAGAAAUUUCCCUCUCUCUUAAGAUGAUAUCUGCUUCUUUCUAUUGCAUUACACACUUUCUAUACAUCAAUAAUCUGUUGAUGGUUAUAUCAAAACGAACACUUAAUUUACUCUACGCUUUGUGCUAUUGCAAAGUCAGAUGUAAAUUGCUUUGGUCAUCAAACUUAACAUCACACUUUUGAAAUCUCUUUUAUUUUUAACCCUUGCACUAUACUCUUAAACCGAAUUUCCAAAAAAAAAAAUUAAAAUCUAUUAUCUUGUUAUGUGUUUAAAACAAAAAUUGAGCAUAUUUAUCUUAAAAAAAAAAAACAAAUUUAUUGGCCAAAAAUUAUGAAAUUGGCGAAGAAAAAUUGGCUUGAAAGUAUUUUUUGUUUAUCAUCGUUUUUGUUUUCUAUAGACAACAUUGAGUAUACCAAAUUCUCUGUGUUGGCAUAGAGUAUUUAAUCGAAAUGAAGUCUAUGAAAAUCCCUCAUACACUUUGGAAUACGAGUAUAUCAAACUAAAGGCUAGAGCAUGCCAUCGUUUCGUUUCAAAUAUUUGGACACAUUUCAAGCACGCACACAAAAUCAAAAAUCGCAUUAUAUUUUAUUCUAUUAUUAUAUCCUCUAACUCUAUCGAUAAAUGUUUAGUUUCCUGUUGUCAUUAGGAUCUCAAAAUACUGCUAAUUUAUUGUUAUCUAUAGAGUGAUUUGCAGCCUCUGAAUGCGAUCACCUUUCCAGAAAAAACGGAAGCAUUCAUUAUUAUAAAUAUAAAUUCAUAGGAGGAUGACAUCAACGGCAUUGAUGGUCGAGAUCGAAAAUAAAUCCAAUUUUGAACAAAUCUAGAUUGAAUACGGAAAAAUCGAAUUAGUCGGAUGGUAUAGCGUGGAUUUUGAACCAAGUCACAGAUCGCAUAAAAUAAUAAAAAUCUAUUACUAUAUAUAUAUACAUACAAUAUAUUGUUUGUUGACAUAAAACGAAAACACAAGAGAAGACAAAAAAAAAAUGAAAAUUUGGAAUAGAAAUUAUAAAUAUAUAAAGAAAUUUAGCAAACACAACAAUUAGAUUUAGUGAUUGAUUCUAUUUUUUUGUGAAGCAUUUAAAAAUGAAGAAUACAAUAAUAAUUCAUGAAUUGAAUUGAAUAUAUUAUAGCAUAAGAUUAACAUUCAAAGUACUUAACAUUCACAAAGCAUUUUACUGAAGAAAAAUGUAUAACAAUUUGCAAGCAAAUGAGAGAGUAUUGAAUAAUUAGGAGAGAAGUUUCACGCAAGUUUUAUGUGUGUUUAAGCACACAUUCAGUCGAAUUAUAUAUUGCAUUACUAUUAUAAAUAAACUCAAUCACAUAAAACAACAAACAAAAUAAUAUCUCAACUUAUAAGAAUCGCAAGAAAAAAAAA